AUGUCAUCUAAUAUCGUUAGAACGAGAGACGUUCAAAUAGAUGAAGAAAUAAAUUUCGAAUCUUUAAUAACAAACAAAAAUAUAUUUCGAGGUUUAACUGAAGCAGGAUAUGAUCGACCUUCACCGAUUCAAUUAAAAGCGAUUCCUCCAGGAAAAUUGGGAUUAAAUAUUAUUGCACAAGCAAAAUCAGGAACAGGGAAAACAAUUGUAUUUGGAAUUAUAUCAUUGGAAGUUUUGGAUUUAAGUAAUUCCAAUCCUCAAGUAUUAAUAUUGGCACCUACUAGAGAAAUAGCCGUACAAAUAAGAGACGUAAUUUGUAAUAUAGGACAAUUCUUAAAUGGAUUAACAUGUAAUGUAUUUAUUGGAGGAUUACCAAUUGAAGAAGAUUUAGUGAAACUUAAGAAAUGUCAUAUAGCAAUUGGAUCUCCUGGAAGAAUUGGAAUUCUUUUAAGUAGCAAAAGAAUGAUUUCCAAAGAUAUACGGUUAUUAGUAUUAGAUGAAGCGGAUAAAUUGAUGGAUAAAAAUUUUGUUCCUCAGUUAAAGUGA